CGCGAUAGUACCAGAUCAGUCUAGCAGCAGUAGAGUAGUGGGGAUGCGAGGGGAGGUAGCAAAAUAUCUCGCUUGUUCUGUGGUAGUUCAAGAAAACAGCGAUAUUUAACGUUCAGUUUGCACCAGAGAUUAUUUUACAAAACAUUUAGCCUGUUAUAUGCCCGACGUUUGUUCCUGAUACGUAGAGUGAGACUUGGAAGUACGCGGCCACAGAAGCUAAAUUGUAUGUGUCAAGUGCUAGCUGUUAGCUGACAGGCUACUUAGCAUAGCCAGUGGAGCAAUGGCGUUGAAAAGAAUUCAGAAGGAAUUGUCGGACCUGCAGAGGGACCCACCUGCUCAGUGCUCUGCUGGACCCGUUGGAGAUGAUUUAUUUCAUUGGCAGGCAACGAUAAUGGGUCCGAGUGACAGUCCAUAUCAGAGUGGAGUAUUUUUUCUCACUAUUCACUUCCCAACAGACUACCCCUUCAAACCACCUAAGGUUGCAUUCACUACAAAAAUUUACCACCCUAAUAUCAACAGCAAUGGAAGUAUUUGUCUGGAUAUACUGAGAUCACAAUGGUCACCUGCACUUACAGUAUCAAAAGUAUUAUUGUCUAUCUGCUCCCUUCUUUGUGAUCCAAACCCUGAUGACCCACUGGUUCCAGAGAUUGCUCAUACAUACAAGGCUGACAGGGAAAAAUACAACAAAUUAGCACGAGAAUGGACACAGAAGUAUGCAAUGUGAGAACGACUGCAAGAUGAAAUUAAAAAAAAAAAGGUGAACAAUAAACAUUUAAUAUGUAACUUGAGGCAAAAGAGAAACCGAGGAAAUAAACUAGACAACAGCCCAUCUUUUGGAGAAGGUAGCGAUACAGUGAGGUACGGUGCCGCCUGGCUUUCCAUGUGCUGAGCUACUACCAUUUGCUGUCCCUCAUGACCUGUAUGGAUCUGCUGAGCAGGACCUGACGGGCUCCUUAAAGCACUCCCAUAUGGAAUACUGGAAACUCUUCACACCACACAGACUAUAAAUGGUUACUCCUGCUAUGUCCUUAUCAUUAUCACUGUUGCUAUUCAUAUUAUUUUCACUAUCAGGAAGUCAUAUCAUUGUGCUUUUCCGAAGCAAAUUGUUUUAUCGGUUUAGAUGAUAGGCUCUCCCUUUUAUUUCAGAAAUACUGUCAAUGCCCCACUGGAUGUCUUGUUUUUACUGUAUAUCCAUGUAUUUGGUGGCCUUUCUGUGUUACUAUUAUCAAAUGGUAUAUGUGCAAUUGAGGCAGAAUGUUUUCUGUUCAUCAUGAAAUAGUGUAGUGCCAUUACCAGCAGCUGAUCUGUUGGCACGUACUGUCCCUCCCCGAAAUAAUGUGAAAGAUGUAAAGAAGGAUUGGUCACGGUUACCCGCUCACUUUCAAAAUACAGUAUUCCGUGUCGGAGAUGAUGGAAAGCUCACAUUUUGCUGGCCCCUGGCCUCGGUGCUGCAGGGUUCACAUAGCAAACGUCCGCAUACUUUUUCUCACACAUGCUGCCAUUGCUUUUAUAUCCUGUAUAAACGACAGUUAAUGGCUGGUGUCAAUAGUGCACAAAAUAUUGCUGUUGUAUGUCAUGUUCCUUAUGUAGCUAUAAACAUAGCUACACUUUGGCAUAUGGCCAAGCUGUGUGCCACCUCCUCAGUACAGUUACUCAGGUAUUUAGCAGAUCAUCAGCCUUUACAUGCAGUGACUCAUGUUGAAAAGAAUUACCAGGGCCCAUAAUAUCAGGCUUCUAAACAUAGUACUGAUUUGUGUUUGUGCUCAUUUUCUUGCAACAAUAAUAGCUUAUGCUUCCUCAAGAGGCAAAUAGUCCAAGAGGGAUUAGCACUUUUUAUGCAUAUAUGCCCUGAUGGUCUGUGUUGCAUAAAAAUAUGCUGUCUCAGAAGUGAUGUCAUUUUGUCAAAGGGAGAGUGUUUUCCUUUGUCGCUCUCCAGUUGUUUUUGUCACUACUUUUAUUUAUAUCUGAACAACACUUGCAUGUGAACAGCUUUUAAAUUAUGCUGGUAAAACACGUACUCACUGUUAUUUGGAGGGGGGGUGUUUUCUCUCUUUUUUUUUUUAAAUGGCCUUUAGUUAUAACUACUGUCACAUUCAAAAGGGGAACAUAAACAGACUCAAUCUGGUAAUUUUAAGUAAUGUGCAUCUUGUUCUAUUAUUUAAUGAAGACAGUAGUUUGCCAUGAGAAUUUCAUCUGCUUUUUAAAUAUCAGGUGGUGUGAAGUUUGUAAGCAUUUCUUCAUAGUUAAGAUCAGGUUUUCAAAAAUUUGUUCCUUUGGAUUAAACCACACUGACAGUAAAACAGUUUCUCUGUGAUACAUGUGACCUUUUGUAUUGUAUCUAGCUUUAGGUUUAGGUUUAUUUCCAUUAAUAUCACCUGAAUUAAAUAUGAUUGUGAUGUUACAAUGUAAUAUUAGUUUUAAUAAAAUUAAUUGUGACUGUUGGAUAAAGUAGUUAGGAAAUGCUAUGAUUAGACAAAUCAUAGAUCAUAAUGUGCUAACGCUGCCAAUAUAAAGGGAAUUAGCUGAUGUACUGUACUGAACCAGAAUGGAUUUAUCUGUUGAGGCAUUACUGAAUGAAUUGCACCAGAAAUGUUCAUAGUAAAGCAUGAAAAUUUUAGAAGCUUUGAUUGUAGAAUAAACGCCAUGGUUUAGGCACCAAAUAUAGAUUUCUAUAAUUGCUGGCUGUUGUAGGUAAAAUUGUCCAAACCAGUUCUGAAAUACAGUUUAUGCUGAAGGGUUUAAAAUAUAUAUCUUCUAAAUGCAGUGAAAGUAUUUUUUUGUGGAAAGACAACAACUGAAGGUGUAUUGUGUGUAAUAGUUCCAGUUCAACCUUGUGUGUAAUGUUGUUCAACUGAAUAUUUAUUUCAAAGCCGAGUUUCUUCCAACUGUACGAUUGAAUGCAGCCUCAAGUCAUCACAAGUGAUGACGCAUGGACUUCCUUUACCCAGCGUGCUCAGUAGAGUUUAUAUAGGCAGCUUGGCAUGCUUUGCACUCUGGAGAACCUUCUCACAGCCAUUUGCCAGAUAUCAGGGAUUUCGUCAUGAUUCAUCUGCCUAAAACCUUUGACAAAACCUUGAAAAAUUUUAGCCUUAACCCUCAUUUUGUAUAUAGAGAACGUAUCAAACUGUAAAUGUGCUUAUACAGGGCUGUAUCCCCUCUUGCAAUGGCUGAGUCGUUUCAUCAGUAACCAUGGAAACCUGCAUAAACGGUACACUUCUCUGUUCAAACUUCAGCCUGGCUUUUUCUGAAUGCAGUACCAGCCGUCAUCUCUUUAAUUCGGGAAUAUUUGUGCUUGAACCGCCACCAAGAACAUCCACAAUUCCUCACAUAGCCUACACAAGAUAAUUGAUAACAUAAAUAAAGCUCAUCUUGGUUUA